GGGCCCUUCCUGCUCUCUUGUUACUGCUGCUCCCUUGUGGAGCAUUCAUAAAAGCCCGUCACAUUACAAGUUAUGCAACCACCUCCCACAUUCCCCUCCCCUACAACACUUUUGCCUUCUCCAUCAUGGAAGAGCCACUCACCCAUGAAUGUGGCGAAGCUAACACCUCCCCUUCCUCCCCCUCCUCCUCUUGCACCACCACCACCACAACCUCCUCCUCCUCCUCCUCCUCCUCCUCCUCCAACUCCGCUUCCUCCACGGCGAUCACCACCACCACCACCUCUUCCUGUCCCAAUGCCUCACCAGAAUUAAGCCAAGGUACAAAGAUUCUUAAAAAGGCCACUAAUAGUGGCUCCAAGCGAGAAGCGGAGGCGAGCAGCGGUGGCGAGGCUAAGAAGCGAAGCAAGGACGGCAAGCAUCCUACGUAUCGCGGCGUCCGGAUGCGUAACUGGGGCAAAUGGGUGUCGGAAAUCCGAGAGCCGAAGAAGAAGUCGAGGAUCUGGCUGGGGACCUUCCCGACGGCCGAGAUGGCAGCCCGAGCCCACGACGUGGCCGCCCUCACCAUCAAGGGCGAGUCCGCAUACCUCAAUUUCCCUGAAUUGGCCCGCAAGCUCCCCCGGCCCGCCACCACCGCUCCCAAGGACAUCCAGGCCGCAGCUGCUCUAGCUGCGGCCGCCACAUUCGGCGACCUCAGCCCAGGGUCGUCUGGGAGCGUAUGCCGGGACGCGGUCACCACCACUUCCGACUCCGCCCCUGCAACCCCAUCCAGCGGCGCCAACGACGACGCGCUCUUCGACCUGCCGGACCUCCUCCUCGACUUGAGAGAUGGCUUCUGCUACUCCUCGGCGUGGCUGCCUCCGGCACCGGAGGAGGACAGUUCCAUCGGAUUCCGUCUCGACGAGCCAUUCUUGUGGGGUUACUGCUAGACCUCGGAGGGUGCAAAAUGUCCAGAGGAUCUUAACCGCAUUUGGCGACAGGAGCAACACAAGCACCGCUUCCAUUUCGGGCCUCCAGCGGUCCAAAAGCAUCAAAUUCCGGUGGAACUGAUCCCUCCUAAGCUGGAAUUGAAGGCAGAGGUCAAAUCUCAGAAAUUCUCCAAAUCUUUUGGUUGCUUGCUAGCUUUUCCAAUUGCUCUACAAGGAAUAUCCAGCUGUAGCUCUUUGUAAAACUAGGGUCUUUCUUCACCUCUUCAACAUACACUAGGCACUGCUAAUUAUGUCUAAUAUAUAUCUAUAUAUUUGGUUUUACUUGUUAAUGGGUGAUCGGCUUUAAUUUAAACUCCUGUGUACAUGAAUAUAUGGAGAUUUGGAAUGGCAUUCAAGAACGUGGUGGAUUCUACUGCCUUUCUUUGCAGAA